UUCUGCCAUUCCAUUUCUACGUUGACACAUUCAGAGCUAGCCGAGCUAGCUAGGCAGCAACAGUUCAACUAGGCAGAGGUAAAACAGGGUGUGUUUCACACAAGUGUCUCAACAUUUACAAUGAAGAAAAUUAAAUCGCCUAUAUCUUGACGACCACUGCGUGCUCAAUGACGGUCUGCCGCGGUCUCAGCGAUUGACAUGGACUCUUGUGAUAAGGAUGUGAAACUGUCAGCUGAAGUGGAGCCGUUUAUCCCACAAAAGAAAGGUCUGGAAGGAGCGCUGGUCACCAUGAGCCUGUCUGGAGGAGGAGAAGGAGGAGGGGGGGUAGAGCCCACCCCUAUCCCCAACUACCUCAUCACCUGCUACCCUUUUGUCCAGGAGAACCAACCCAACAGACAACAGCACCACAUGUAUAGCGGAGGAGGGGACCUGCGCUGGCAGCAGCCCAACCCCAGCCCAGGUGGUCCGUACCUAGCUUACCCCAUCCUGUCCUCCCCCCAGCCUCCAGUCUCCAACGACUACACCUACUACCAGAUCAUGCCUGCCCCCUGCCCCCCCAUGAUGGGCUUUUACCAGCCCUUCCCAGGAACGUACGCCGGGCCCCUGCAGCCUGGCGUGGUAAACCCUGUAUCAGCUGACGUCAGCGAGAGACCGGACCCUCUCGGACAGGUGUUUGGACUAGCUAAUCAGAGAGGAGGGAGGGGCAUGGUCAGACCUGCCGUUCUACCCAAGUCCAUGUUCUAUCAGCAACAGCAGGUGGGGUUGUGUCAGCCCCUGAGGGCCAGGAGGCCCCCUAUGAGGACUGUAGCUGUCCAGAAGGAGGUGUGUUCCUCGGGGCCAGACGGACGGACCAAGACAGUCCUACUGGUGGACGCUGCCCAACAGACUGACUUCCCAGGGGACAGUGCAUGUGGUCGUGGUGCGGAACGGGAGCAGGCCAGUCCCCUGCUGUGGAAGAACCUUCCCCGGAGAAGGCGGGCCUCGCACCCUGCCGAGAGCUCCAGUGAGGCGGACAUCGACAGCGACAGCGGAUACUGCAGCCCCAAACACAACCAGCAGGCCCCGGGUGCUACACAACACACUGCCCACGCUGCUGUAGCUCCUACGGGAGUGGAUGCAGGUGUAAUGACAGCGGUAAGCUGGGUGAACGUAGCGUCUCAGGCCUCUCCGAGGCCGUGGUUAGACAACAGGACCACCCCGUUCCAACGGACAGGGAAGACCCCUGAUCAGAGAAACUACUCGCAGCAGGACUUCCAUGCAGGGUACUCAGGGGGGCGUGUCUGUUCUAACCCCACCCCCGCAGACAGCAACUGUGGUCUGCGGCAGAGACGGCUCCAGCCCGGACUGGGCCCUGGGACGGUGCUUGCUCCUGAGCCCCUCUACUUUGAGGAUGAGGAUGAGUUUCCAGAGCUGGUCUCAGGAGGGGCACAGAGGAACAUCAAACCAGACCCUAACCCUUCCCAGAACCAACACCAGUCCAAACUAACCAAGAACCUGCUGGAUAACCUUCCAGAGAACUCUCCCAUCAACAUCGUCCAGACCCCCAUCCCCAUCACCACCUCCGUCCCCAAGAGGGCCAAGAGUCAGAGGAAGAAGGCCCUGGCCGCUGCCCUGGCUACAGCACAGGAGUACUCUGAGAUCAGCAUGGAGCAGAGGAAACUACAGGAGGCACUGACCAAAGCAGCAGGGAAGAAGAGUAAGACUCCAGUCCAGUUGGACCUGGGAGACAUGCUGGCUGCUCUGGAGAAACAGCAGCAGGCCAUGAAGGCUCGACAAAUAACCAAUACUAAACCACUGUCCUUCACAGUGGGUACAGCAGCCCCGUUCCAUGGUUCAGGUGCCGGGCCGGGAGCAGGGUCCGGUAUAGUAUCAAUGUUGAAGGCCCAGCAGGCCCACUCUGCCCCCCUCAACAUGCUGGACUCCAGCGCUCCACGCCUGAAGAGAGGGAAGGAGAGAGAGAUCCCUAAAGUCAAACGACCCACCGCCCUGAAGAAGAUCAUUCUGAAGGAGCGUGAGGGGAAGAGGGGGAAGGGGUGUGUGGAUCAGAUUGCUACCAGCCAGGAAGAACAGGGAGAAGAGGAGCUACACUUCACUGACGACCUCACACGGGAACCUGCCUCUCAGGAGGGUAGGUACCAGGUCAGGGGUCAGAGAGAGGAGGAGCUACACUUCACUGACGACCUCACACGGGAACCUGCCUCUCAGGAGGGUAGGGUCAGGGGUCAGAGAGAGGAGGAGCUACACUUCACUGACGACCUCACACGGGAACCUGCCUCUCAGGAGGGUAGGUACCAGGUCAGGGGUCAGAGAGAGGAGGAGCUACACUUCACUGACGACCUCACACGGGAACCUGCCUCUCAGGAGAGUAGGUACCGGGUCAGGGGUCAGAGAGAGGAGGAGCUACACUUCACUGACGACCUCACACGGGAACCUGCCUUUCAGGAGGGUAGGUACCGGGUCAGGGGUCAGAGAGAGGAGGAGCUACACUUCACUGACGACCUCACACGGGAACCUGCCUUUCAGGAGGGUAGGUACCGGGUCAGGGGUCAGAGAGAGGAGGAGCUACACUUCACUGACGACCUUACACGGGAACCUGCCUCUCAGGAGGGUAGGUACAGGGUCAGGGGUCAGAGAGAGGAGGAGCUACACUUCACUGACGACCUUACACGGGAACCUGCCUCUCAGGAGGAGAACGGUCUGAGCGUGCCCAGUGAUGACGCGUCCCUGUCCCCGGCCAGUCAGAACUCUCCGUACAGCAUCACGCCUGUUUCCCAGGGAUCCCCUGGCUCCUCCGGCAUCGGCAGCCCCAUGGCCUCUAACGCCAUCACCAAGAUACACAGCCGCCGCUUCAGAGAGUACUGUAAUCAGGUGUUGAAUAAGGAGAUAGAUGAGAGUGUGACGAUGCUGCUGCAGGAACUGGUCCGGUUCCAGGAGAGGGUUUAUCAGAAGGACCCCAGCAAAGCCAAGACCAAACGCAGACUGGUCAUGGGCCUUAGAGAGGUCACCAAACACAUGAAGCUCCACAAGAUCAAGUGUGUCCUCAUCUCACCCAACUGUGAGAAGAUCCAGGCCAAAGGGGGUCUAGAUGAGGCUCUGUACAACGUCAUAGCCAUGGCCAGAGAACAGGAGAUCCCGUUUGUGUUUGCUCUGGGUAGGAAGGCUCUCGGACGCUGUGUCAACAAACUGGUGCCGGUCAGUGUGGUGGGCGUCUUCAACUUCUCUGGAGCAGAGGGUCUGUUUAACCGGUUAGUGUCUCUGACGGAGGAUGCUCGUAAGUCCUACAAGGACAUGGUGUCAGCGCUGGAGCAGGAGCAGGCUGAAGAGGCGCUGAAGAACGUCAAGAAGGUCACCCACCACAUGGGCCACUCCAGGAACCCCUCCGCUGCCUCCGCCAUCUCCUUCUGCUCCGUCAUCUCUGAACCCAUCUCUGAGGUCAACGAGAAGGAGUACGAGACCAACUGGAGGAGUAUGGUGGAGUCGUCAGAUGGGCUGGAGCCUGUGGAGGCUAAACCCAGCCAUCCUGCUGCUUCCUCUGGGUUGCAGAGAGACAACCAGCCCCCCUCCACCACCACCAACCGCAGCCCUUACUCCACUACCCUCCAGCUCAGAGCAGCCGUCCCUGCUCCAGGCUCAGGCCCGGGGGAGAGAGAGGAGGGCCGGGCAGACGACCGCUUGGAGCUGGCCUCCCAGCAGAGCACGGAGACAGGCAGUUUGGAUGGGAGCUGCAGGGACCUCCUCAACUCCUCCAUCACCUCCACCACCUCCACCCUGGUCCCCGGUAUGCUGGAGGAGGCAGAGGAAGAGGAGGAGGAGGAGGAAGAGUACACACCAGAGCCCAUCUCUGUGGAGGUGCCUGCGGUCAUCAGCCGUAUUGAGUGCUGGGUGUCUAAGACACUGGAGAACCUUCAGCUGGGGAAGAGCCAGGACAGCACAGAGGAGGAGGAGGAGGAAGAGGAGGAGGAGGAGGGAGUGCAGAGUGAGGAGGAAGAGGAGUUGGAUUCUGCUGAUGUCACAGAGACUGGGCUGGAGAGGACGGAGAAGAUGGAGGCCAAUAAUAUCACUGGCUGAUUAGACCUCAUUCAUCCCUCUUUCCCUCUCUCUCUCUUUCUCUUUUUUGUUUCUCGCUAAGUUCGCUCUGUGUACACUCCAUCACUUGUCUUCCUCGCUCCCCCCCUCUCACCUGUUCCCCUAACCUGCACUCUUUCACCUCUAUCACACACUCUCAACCCCCCCCCUCUCUCUUUCUCACAGUUGAACCAGCAACUCUCCUCUGUCUAACUUUGGACUUCAGACAUUAUCUCAGGAAUCAGACCACACACACACACACACACACACACACACACAGACCAACCUUCAAACUACAGACAGCCGUAUCUCUCCUGGUCUCUCUGAUGGAUAGACUCCUCUGUUCCUCUCAUCCUCCUCUCACUGAUGUUGACCUGAAACAACUGCCUCACCUAAACUGGUCUGGUCGGUCUGGCAUCGACUGGUCUGGUCUGACAUCGAAUGGGCUUGACUGGUCUGGUCGGGCUAAGGGAAGCCCUGGUUCCCUUCCCACCACUCCAAGUUUCCCCGGGAUAGGAAGAGGCUGUGAGGAGAGGCUUCCCCUCUGUCUGUCUGUAUGAUGCAGAGCCAUCGAGAUGAUAGAACUGUCAAUGAGACUGCUGACUAUAAAGACUAACUAGAAGAGAACUCUCCCUCCUUUCAGAGAGCCACCCUCCCUCUGUCAUCCCUGGGUUAUUCAUAGUGAAGGUCCGAUGGUUCAGUCCAAGCAGAAGGUUGCUGAGCCCCUGCAGGGCUGGGAGUUUACAGCUGGAAGUGUGUGUGUCUCCGUCCCAUCAUCAAAAGACUUAUGUUACAUCGUUGUCAUCCUUCCCAUGUUUAUUACCUUCAUCUGCCUCCUCAUAUGUUCCCCCACUGUGUCGCUACAGCUUUAUCUCAAUACAUUACAACUUCAUUCUGUUCUGCGUUGUUUGUUCCCCCACUGGGUUGUCAUAACAUGCUCUGGGAGGGAGGAGCUUGCGUAGGAUACUUAUUGGUUGUUUGCUUGUGUAUUUGUUUCCUAUUGGCUUUAGGACUACCUGCAACCUGAGGUUAGUUUACAUCACCUGGGCUGCGUUGUUCAGAUAGAAAAUAUGAUUGUGUAGAACAGCCAUGCCUCUCUGACAUGUAGAGGAAUCACGUCAGCUCUAUUCAUGGUGGUUCUAUCUGCAGCGUGACCCUGAUUGGAUACACAGGCUGUCUCCCAAAACCAAUCUAAAACCUUGUUAGGGUUACAAAAUUCCCAGCUUUUCCAGGAAUCCUGGUUGGAAGGUUCACAGAAUCUGUUGGGAAUAAGCAGAAAAUACGUAAUCCUCCAACCUUGGAAUUUCGGGAAAGUUGCUGGAAUUUGUAAACCUACAUGAUGUGUUUCUGACAUUGGUCAACCAUCACAGUAAUCAUGUAGUAUUUUCAGUGGGUGUGAUUUAAAGGGACAUCUCACCACUUUUUAACCUCAUAGUCAAUAUCUCCAGGACCAAACCAAUGUCUACUAAUGUGAAAAUGGCGUGUUAAAAAGUAAUGGCGUGUCCCUUGAAAACAUGAAUGAUAUGACAUGUCACAUGACAUAUACUAACAGUAUCUGAAACCAGAACAAAUGUCUGAUGUACAUAACCUGUAUAGCUGUUUCUGAGACUCUUUAACCUGUAUAGCUGUUUCUGAGACUCUUUAACCUGUAUAGCUGUUUCUGAGACUCUUUAACCUGUAUAGCUGUUUCUGAGACUCUUUAACCUGUAUAGCUGUUUCUGAGACUCUUUAACCUGUAUAGCUGUUUCUGAGACUCUUUAACCUGUAUAGCUGUUUCUGAGACUCUUUAACCUGUAUAGCUGUUUCUGAGACUCUUUAACCUGUAUAGCUGUUUCUGAGACUCUUUAACCUGUAUAGCUGUUUCUGAGACUCUUUAACCUGUAUAGCUGUUUCUGAGACUCUUUAACCUGUAUAGCUGUUUCUGAGACUCUUUAACCUGUAAUAUUGAUGAUAAUAUUGUGUUAAUCUAUUUGGGGUUGUUUUCUGAGUGGAUUGUUUUUUGUUGUUGUUGCUAGCUGACUUCUGUGUUUUACUAUAGCCCUCUGGUUUAACUUGGUUUAGGUCCCAGUCCAUUGACCGGUGGUAGCGUGUGUGUUUGUUGGGGUGGACAGGUAAAUGUACUGUAACUAGCUAUUAUCAGUGACUAUUUGGGUUUGAAACUGACAGGUAGUCCAACUUGACCCAGGACAUGUGACUCACUAGUAACACAGGGGUCAAAGCCACCACAGGAGCCUCUGAAUAUUCAUGAAGUAAUUAUCCACCUCACCAGUUAUAACCAAGUAAAUAUAAUGUUUGAACUACAGUGUAUUAAACACCCCAAUCACCUUUUUCUUAAAGACAUUUGAUAGAAAAAAUAUGAAUAAGUUGAUAAUGUAAUUUGAUGGUAAAUGAUAUAGAAAUCAAGUUAUGUAUUAUUAUAUGGAGGAGGAUCCCAUGUAUAGGAGUGGCAUGCUGGGUCAUAUGCAAUAUGAAGGAAGGAGGGAUGAGAGAGGGAGUUGUGUAAUAAAUAGACAGUCAGGAGUUGGGUCAAUUCAUUUUCAAUUCAGGAAGUGAAUUGAAAUUCAACUGACAAAAAUGUAAUUGAGAAAAAAAAUGUAUCUGUCAAUUGAAAACGGACCAUGUUUUCUAUGAGGGUUUUCUGAAUGAGCUGAAUUGAGCCCUUCCUGAUAUAGGUGAUAACGACGGUGUGUCUCGUACUAAAAUCUACGCUGGCUGUGUGCAGGUUUCUCUGUAACUCUCAUCAGUGUGUUUUGGAGCCAUGACAACCAGUCCUUUGCACUAUGUAAAUACCAUAAUACUUGUAACCACCUUCUGGUAACUAAUGUCAAAACAAAAUGGUUGACUGAAGUAGCUUUUCUUUUCCCAGUGUGUCCCUGGUCUUUCUAUGUCUCUUUCUGACUGUACAGGACUAGCAACAUGUAGAGGCUUUUCUCAUAACGUUACUGUUCUCUUCUUCAUCUGGACUGAUUAAUAAUGUCAUUAAAAUGUUUAAGUAAACUACA